GGAGACCAUAUAUAAGGCCUCAAAUAUCCCAUCCAACUCUCUUCUCUUCUCUUCUCUCUGUUAGAUCUCAAACCCUAAGCGGUAAGUGGGCGAUCGACUAUGGCGAGGGGAAGUUCGCAGUCGCAGACGACAUCAUCGGCCGGUGGUGCGGGCCGCCCGACUACAGCGGGACCCCGUGGCACGCCUGCUGCUGCCGCCGGGUUGAGGCGACGAAGGAUCGCCAGCGGCAGCGGAGGGGGGUCUGGGGGAUUCACCGGCGGUGCUGGCGGGAGCAACAUGCUGAGAUUCUACACUGAUGAUGCCCCCGGGUUAAAGAUGUCGCCGACGGUCGUGCUUGUGAUGAGUUUGUGCUUCAUCGGGUUUGUUACUGCGCUCCACGUGUUUGGCAAGCUCUACCGCUAUAAAUCCGGCGGUUCCUAAUGUACCGCGUCAGAUCAAUAGGGGCCACGAGCUGCUCUUUGGAUGAUGAGGUUCUUUUGCUUGGUUAAUAGUGAUCUUCACUGAUAUUUCCUGCUUCGUGCUUUGACUUUUGGCGGUGUUUGUUUUUGUAAUGAUUGUUGGAAGAGGAAUUUGAAUGCUUUUAUUUGCUGCUUACAUGAGGAUUUGAGUCAUAUUAAUAUCUGAAUGCUUGCAUCUUUUCUCCAUGUGGAUCUGUUCUAUUUUUUUUGCCUGAUUCUAUAUGUGUGCAUCAGGAAGCAUAAAUUAUUAUUUUGUAAGGAUCCUCCAGAUGGAUGGACCCGGAUGAUGUUAUAGAAUCGAAUUGUUGAGAAA